AUGUAUUUCGAUAAACUUGCUGUAAAACGAAAUUUAUCACUUUCAUCUUUAUUAGAAAUACUUUCCGAUGUACUCUAUCGUUAUUCAAAACAUGAUUCAUCAAUUGAACAACCUUUACGUUCAAUUUUAUCCAUCGGUAAUCAACAAAAUGCACUUUUAAAUUUACCAUGUAUUGAUAGUCAACUUGGUUAUAUGUGCGUAAAAACAAUAACAAGCUUUCCGGAAAGUUCACCAGCUAUUGACGGUGCUGUUUCAUUAUUUGAUUCAAAUAAUGGUCGUUUACUUUUGAUAGCUGAUGCACAAGAAAUAACUGCACGACGUACUGCAACGACUUCUUUUCUUGCAACUAAUUUAUUAGCAAUUUCAAAAUGGACAGAUGAUCAAAAGAAAAAUGCAACUUUAACUAUAGUUGGUUGUAGUACUCAAGGAGAAGCACAUCUUGAUGUUUUUACUGAAUUAUUUAAAUGGAAUAAGAUUUAUUUAUGGAGUCGAACUACGAAAAAUGCGAUUAAUUUACAAUUGGAAUAUUCAAAAAAAUUAAAUAAUAUCGAAAUAGUAGAAGAUUUAAAUGAUAAUCGUAUACAAGAAUCAGAUGUUAUUUGUACAUGUACAGCUAGUGAACAAGCUCUUAUUAGCUUGAAACAAGUGAAAAAAGGUGUACAUAUUAAUGCUGUUGGUUCAUUUCGUGCAACAAUGCGUGAACUUGCUGAUGAUCUUAUGUUAUCAUCAGAUACAAAUGUGAUUGUUGAUAGUCGAGAAAGUGCAAUGAAAGAAGCAGGUGAAAUAAUUCAAUCACAGGCUAAAAUUAUAGCUGAACUUGGAGAAUUAAUUAAUAAUGAAAAAUUUUGUCAGGAAAUAUCGAAUGAAAAAAUAACAAUUUUUAAAUCUGUUGGCAUCGCUAUUGAAGAUCUUGCAGCAGCUAUCGUUCUCCAAGAAUCAUUAAAGAAAAAUAAAAAAAAUGAUUAA